GCAGCGAGCUCAAGCACGCCUCAGUUGAGAAAGAGGCACAAGCGAUUGUAGAAGCUGUCCUACACUGGAGGCACUUCCUAACAGGGAGGCACUUCACUCUUAAAACAGACCAGAAAUCAGUAUCUUACAUGUUUGACCAGUGCCACAAAGGGAAGAUCAAGAAUGAUAAGAUCAUGCGGUGGAAGAUCGAACUCUCCUGCUAUAGUUUCGAUAUCAUUUACCGUCCUGGUAAAGAGAACAUUCCACCCGACACUCUGUCCAGAGCUACUUGCGCCACGUUGAGUGAAGAUCCCCUCUACCAGCUCCACGAGUCACUCUGUCAUCCAGGGGUCACCCGACUCAACCACUUCGUACGCACCAAGAACCUCCCUUAUUCCCUUGAGGAGAUCAAGAGCAUGACAAGUAAGUGUCCAGUUUGUUGUGAAUGCAAACCACAGUUUCAUCAACCUCCCAAAGUUCCUCUCAUUAAGGCUACUCAACCUUUCGAGAGGAUAAACAUUGAUUUCAAGGGCCCCUUGCCAAGUAACAAUGGCAACAAGUUCUUCCUCAAUGUAGUUGAUGAAUAUUCAAGAUUCCCUUUUGUCUUCCCUUGUCCUGAUGUGUCUACACCAACAGUGAUCAAGUGUCUUACCUCCGUGUUUACGAUGUUCGGUAUGCCAGCCUAUGUACAUUCGGACAGGGGCUCCUCCUUGAUCAGCCAGGAACUGCGAGACUUCCUGAAUGAAAAAGGGGUAGCCACAAGCAGGACAACUGCUUACAAUCCCGAAGGCAAUGGGCAAGUGGAGAGGUAUAAUGGAGUGGUAUGGAAGGCAAUUUCAGCAUCCCUGAAGUCUAAGAAUCUGCCAGUAAAGCGCUGGCAAGAAGUCCUUCCUGAUGUUCUACACUCCAUUCGUUCUCUGUUGUGCACGGCUACCAAUGAGACACCCCAUGAGCGAUUCUUCGGUUUUCCCAGGCGAUCCUCUUCCGGAUCUUCCAUCCCAACAUGGAUGAGUGAGCCUGGACCGGUCCUACUCAAGCGUCACGUCCGUGCAAGCAAGACAGAUCCGUUAGUUGAUGAGGUGGAAUUGCUUCAGGCGAAUCCUCACUACGCCCAUGUGCGCUAUCCAGACGGCCGAGAAACAACAGUCUCUACCAAGCAUCUUGCCCCCAAAGGUGAAGUACCAACAAUGUACCCACUCCCUCAAGUUAAGCCUACUGUUCCAGGUGAGCAUCACCCUGCUACUGGUAGUUCCCCACCUUCCUCGGAGAUAGAAGUGGAGAUAGGUGUGGGCGAAGAAGUGCCACAGGUCAGUACAGGUCUUGAUGGGCAGCCUCCCUUGCGACGUUCGGAGAGGACCCGACGUCCAGUGGACAGACUUAACCUCUAACCGAGGGGUGAAUGUAGUAUUUAUGUAUGUUAAGAACCUUGAACAUUACGUGUUGGGCUGCCUGUGUUAUGUUUAUUGUUGUACAGCGGUUUUACCCCAUAGAAUCUCUAGGGGCAGCCAUCUUGCUUAGUUUUCGGUAUAGUUUUACAAGCUGUAGAUUUAUGUUGAUUAAAGCCUCAGUUUAGAGGCAUACCUUCUA